ACUCAGCUGAGGCGAGAGCUGAGUGGUAAAAGCGAAUUGAAUUCCGGUCUCAGUCGUCACUACACGGGCGUUAGUAGCACGGACUCCUUUGUUCUGUGAAGUGUUUUUUUUUUUUAAAAAUAAAUAUAUAUAUAUACAUUUUGAAGACAUGUCAACGCGACUAUUUCCGAAUAUGGACGCAUUAUCUCAGGGAGCUCAGAUGGACAUUCACAGACCGUAUAUGGAAAGGAGGAGGCACGACAGUGAGCAGUCGUUAUGCAGCGUGCCAGAGUCCAACGAUCUGGAGGCGGCCGAAGCGCUCGUCUGCAUGAGCUCCUGGUUUCAGUCCUCCCAAAGACCCGGCAGCCUGAAACCUCGUCCUCUGACCCCGGCCUCUGACUCCUGCGACUCCCUCCUGCAUCCCGAAUCCCCAGAGACCCCUGGAGACUUUGUUUCGCUCUCAUCGUUGUGUAUGACGCCACCUCACAGCCCCAGUUUUGCUGAGACCACGGCCCACAUCCCAGUGCCCACCUCACCCUGCCCUCUGAAAAAUCCUUGCACCAGCGUCCUCAGUCCCAGACUCCAGCAACCUGCUGUGACCUCCUGUGCUGAGACGUCACCUCCCAGGUGGCUUCCCACAACUGAGAAUUCUUCCUCCCAGCCCUGCAGAGCCAUGGCUACCAGCGUCAUCCGACACACAGCUGACAGUUCAGUCUACCAGAACAUUCCACACGCUGUCCAACGUCAACAAUCAGCCCCGACACACAUUCAGCCGCCAAAACAGCCAGCACAGCCAGAGGUUCCCUUACCAGCCUCUUCACCCUGCCAGUCCCACACAUCCAGCACUGCAUCAGAAACAUGUCCGAACAGCAGCAACCAAUCCACCAGUGACAAGAUCCCUUCCAAAUCUUCUUCCAAUUCGCCACUUUCCACAGCCAGUCCACCCAUCAUAUGCCAGAUGUUCCCAGUGGCACAACCAGGACUUAUUUCAGCAGCGUUUAUUCAGAGUCCAGCUCCAAAGUCUAUCCUGCCACAGCCAAUUUUUGUUGGUUCUUCAGUUCCACAAGGUACUGUGAUGCUGGUGAUGCCUCGGGCAUCAGUGGGUCAGACACCCCAGUGCCCACAGCAGGCGGUUGUGACCGUCGGCAACACCAAACUGCUGCCUCUGGCACCAGCACCUAUCUACCUACCCUCAGGGCAGAGUGGCACCACGCAGUCAGAGUUCUCCCGUAGGCGCAACUAUGUCUGCAGCUUCCCUGGCUGCAGGAAGACCUAUUUCAAGAGCUCUCACCUCAAGGCACACCUUAGAACUCACACAGGCGAGAAGCCAUUCAGCUGUAACUGGGAGGGCUGUGACAAAAAAUUUGCACGCUCUGAUGAGCUCUCCCGUCACCGGCGAACACACACCGGCGAGAAAAAGUUCGUCUGUCCUGUUUGCGACAGACGCUUCAUGCGCAGUGACCACCUUACUAAGCAUGCUCGCCGUCACAUGACCACCAAGAAGAUCCCCUCCUGGCAAACAGAGGUUCGAAAUCUCAACAAGAUAACAACAGCCAAGGCUCUGCCAAUCAGCAUGCUGUUACCGGCCUCAAACUGAAUCUGACUGGAGCAAACUACUUCAGUCAUACAGAGACUCUUUAUUGGAACGAUAAGGCUGCUAAUUCUCGUGGACAUGCACUGGACUCUCUCUUGUUUUCCAUUCUGCUCAUUUUGUACACUUUGCAAUGAACGCAAUGUUUUGUUUACUCACUUGUUAUAAUCAUUCAUGCACUCUAUUUUUUGCCAAAGUCUUCGUACUAUGUUUGUCUUAAUUAUAUGUGUAUGUAUAAUUACAAUUGCAUUCUGUUGGAAAUAAAUGGCCUAUUCCUUACUGCCUCAAGGAUCUACUUAUGGAUAAUUAUCUGAACUGCUCUAAUGAAAUCAUUUUCUUUUAUUUAAUACCCAUUUUCAGUAAACAGUGAUAAAUCAGUA